AUGGCGAAUGCUGGCGGAGUUCAGGCGAGGAGAGAUCAGGCUGGGGUGCGGGUGCUGGGGCUUCCGGACGUGGGUGCGGUGGGCCCAGGGCUGGUAGCAGGCUCUGCUUGUUUCUUUCGAUGUGGCCAAGAAGCUAACCUGGAACUUUCUCCCUUUAUUUCACAGGUCACCGCCAAGACUGCCUUCCUAUUUAUUUUACCUCAGUAUAACGUCAGCGUGCCUACUGCAGACGGCGAGAGCGUGCAUUACCACUACGGGCCGAAGGACCUGGUCACAAUCUUGUUCUACGUCUUCAUCACCAUCAUCUUGCACGCCGUGGUGCAGGAGUACAUCUUAGACAAAAUCAGCAAGCGGCUUCAUCUCUCCAAGGUCAAGCACAGCAAGUUCAAUGAAUCUGGACAGCUGGUCGUCUUUCAUCUCAGCUCGGUGAUCUGGUGCUUCUACGUGGUGGUGACGGAAGGAUACUUAACAAACCCAAGGAGCCUCUGGGAAGACUACCCACACGUGUACCUCCCCUUCCAGGUGAAGUUCUUCUACCUGUGCCAGCUGGCCUACUGGCUGCACGCGCUCCCUGAGCUCUACUUCCAGAAGGUACGGAAGGAGGAGGUUCCCCGGCAGCUCCAGUACAUCUGCCUGUACCUGGUCCACAUAGCGGGCGCGUACCUCCUAAACCUGAGCCGCCUGGGCCUGGUCCUGCUCCUGCUGCACUACUCCACCGAGUUCCUCUUCCACGCCGCCCGCCUCUGCUACUUCGCAGAUGAGAACAACGAGAAGCUGUUUAGCGCCUGGGCUGCAGUAUUCGGGCUCACGCGCCUCUGCAUCCUCACCCUCGCGGUGCUGGCCAUCGGCUUUGGCCUCGCUCGCAUGGAAAACCAGGCCUUCGACCCCGAGAAAGGGAACUUCAACACAUUACUUUGCAGGCUGUGCGUGCUGCUGCUGCUGUGCGCCGCCCAGGCCUGGCUCAUGUGGCGCUUCAUCCACUCCCAGCUGCGACACUGGCGCGAGUACUGGAGCGAGCAGAGCGCCAAGCGCAGGGUCCCCGCCGCCCCCAGGCCGGCAGCCAGGCUCAUCAAGAGGGAGUCAGGUUACCACGAAAACGGAGUGGUCAAAGCAGAGAACGGAACCUCCCCACGGACUAAGAAACUCAAGUCUCCUUAAGGCCAAAGUGCUGAGAGCAGGACUCCUCUUGUGGGGGCCCCACAGGGAGGCGGGGAGCCCCGGCCUCCAUUGCUGCCCCCGUCCGGCUCUGGAUGCUCCGUCUCAAACAGCAGAAACCUGUCUUCACCCAGGGCCUUUUCCUCUUUUACGUCUUGGCUCGCUCUUCUUCCUCCGUGAACCAUUCUCAAUAAAACCAAAAGCCUUCCCCUCUCCCCCCUUUGGCCCCCCAGAGCCUCCCCCGUCCUGCGUUGAGCUUUCUGGAAGCCCAGGCUCCGUGGUUACCUUUCUGCUGGCUCCCCGUUUCUCUUUCUCCACGGCUGUUCCUCUCUCUGUUUACUUGUUAAUUUGACCUUGUCAUGCGAGUUUUCUGUGUCUGAUUUUUACCACGCGAGGGGGCUAAGCUUGCAGUACCGGCCAUCCGGCACCCAGUGCCGGGACCUGUCCGAGUCCCUGGAGCCUCCGUCGUUGAUCCCUGUGUGCAUGGACAGCGGUGGAGACCAGCCCCCUGGGAUCGUCAUCUCCUAGGUGCUGAUUAACUGAAGAGAUGUCUGAUUCCAGCUCUGCUCACACCACCUGGAAGCCUGGCGGGGACACAGCUGGCUGUAAAUGCCGAGGCGCUUGGCUUUGGGGCGUGAGGACACGAUGCAGAGGAUGGUGGUAACUGUCGGGCCCCGGGACCCAGGAGAGCAUCCCGGGGCUGGUCCCGGCUGCGAACCCAGCCUGCUCCCUCCCUGUCGGGGAAGUGCGGGAGGAGGACCGGUCUUCAUGCCCUGCGGCCCAGCACAGCGACCCGGAGCGGCAGGCCCUUCCCGAAAGGUAACUGACGGCAGAAACGAUGGAGGGGAUGACCUCGGCCUCCCUUUCUGCGUUGCUCCUCGCAACACUCACCAGCAUUCAAACCAAACCAGACAGCAGUUACCGAACUGGCCGGGGACAGGCUGGUUCCAGCCACCCGGUCGGGGUGGCCUUGCACGGGACUUCACCUCUCUUGCUGCAGAGACAUUAGCCCCCAGGGGCCCCAGGGAGGGUCACCUGGGCCCCUCGCUCGCCGGCCCCACCUGUUGAGUGUCCCUUGGCAUGGUCAUCAUUGUCUUGCCGUUUGCUGAGCAUGCACCCACAGCAUUUAGACGGUUUGAAAGGAGGCCGACUGAGUCGCUCUGCUGGUGAGACGGGCAGACCUGGCCCUGCUGAUACAAGUCUUUGCGCCCCCUUCCUGCCCGGGUUCGUUGCCUUCCCCUACCCAAAGGCAGGGCCUCCAGGCUCCAUGGUGCCUCGUGAGGACUCCGGAGGGAAGCAAGGCUCUCAGUAGGGAGGCCGGGAUGCUGUGUGGAUGUGGCGGGGCGCCGUUCCUGUGGGCACAGGAGUGUUGGCGUCAUGUGAUGUUCUGGUCCUCUUCCUGACAUCACAGUAGAAACCAAACCUUGGAUUUUUACCCCGGGGAUGGGACGGGUGGGUCUUUUCAUCAAAGCAGCGCCCUUCCACAGGUCACUUGCAUCAGAGAGGUUUUAAUCUACCAGUGCCUGGGGAUUUGCUGCAUAACACCAUGGUCGCCUCUCAUCUCUCUGUGCAGGAGAAGGCCGUGGUGAUGGGAAGGACCUCUCUUCUGGUCACCCAUGAGGAGGGACAGUGCUUUUGCAAAUGCCAGUUCCUCCCAUCCUUCCCCCUCCUUCCUUGACACUUACCUGAGCUGCAGAGCAGAGUGCUGGUGAAAAGGUGGCUUGUACCAACAAGCAGACCCAGUCUGGAACCUCUCAGCCAUUUAGUCCAACAGUCCCCAGACCCCUGCAGCUGGAGCUGCGUGCACUCCUAUCUUGCCCCGGGGACGCGGGUGCAGCCCAGGUCAGCCUGCAGCCUCCCAAGUCUGCCCAGCAGCCUCGCGCCCUACCCAGUCCUCUCCAGGCUGCGGCUUUGGCCUAGGGGGCCGCCUCCCCCACCCAGAGCCCGGCUGAGCCGUGCCUUCAGCCCGUGCCUGGCCGUGGCCUGGGAGGUGGGGAACUGCAGCUGAGGUCCUGGCAUCAGUCAGUGUCCUAUCUCCCACAUGGAGGUGAUUGGUGAUUGUCGCCAGAAAACCCGUGCUUGGCUGUCCUCGGUCUCCGGCCGGCCGGCCCCGCAGUGCAGUGUGCCUCACGGUGCCACCAGCCCAGGGCCAGGCUAACUCCCACUGCUUCCUAAAGGACAGAGUCGGUUCCAUAAUGAGAGUCGGGAAAAUCUUUCCUGCUGCAUGAACCCCUGUGACCCUGAGUGAGGCCAGCAUCACGCAGGCUGCCUUCGGGGAUGAUUUGAGGGGAGGGUAAGAGGGUCAGGGUCCGUGCUCUGUCACCCCUAGCAUGCCUGGCACAUUUGUUUCAGAGCCGAGCCCCUGGCAGGUUGGCUCAAAGCAUGUUGCCAGGGGCUGAAGUAACUCAAUUCUACUUCAUCCUGAGAGCGUGCGGAGCUGGCUGGUCCUGAUUUGGCACUUUGGCUGUUUUCUUCCUUCCUGGCCAGACACCCCUGGUUGGAGAGGCCGCCGAGCGCCAUCAGCCAGGAGGCGAGCAGGUGCUAAUCUACCUCAGCGGCCACCGCCCUCCGGCACCGCUGGCCGCGCAGGCGCCCCUCCUGGGGGCCCGGUGAUGGGAUGUUAUUUUUAUCCUCGAGGCUCAGAUAGCCGCACUAUUAAUAAGUCACACAUGCCCCUUCUGAAGGCAGGGGGCAGGUUGUGGGAGGGGGGGCAGGCCCAUUCUGGUCAGUUCCAGUCCCGCGUGUGUCUGGGCCCCAGACCCGCACUGUUGCCCCGAGGCAGAGCUACCAGCAUUCCAGAAACCAGCACCGACCCCGGUGCCCUGGCCGCCUCUGCACCCGCAGAUGCCCGUCCCGACCGGAAUCUGGGGCCAGGAACCCCCCCUGGGGCCAGGCUGGGCGUUCUGGGACACGUGUCUGGAUUUGCGCUUGCGACAUCUUUCUCGGGACCCUUUGACCUAAGUGCUGAAUGAGCGGUAGGGGCAAAGCAUGCAACCCCUUCCUGAGAGUCCACAAUGGAAAAUUCUCUUCCCUGGAUGCCUUUUUAAACUCGAAGUGGCUCGCCGCCUCCACCCCGCCUCGGCUUGGGUGUUCUUCCUGGGCGUCAGCCUCCCUGUUGGUUUGUCCUCGCCUGGGGGCUGAGGCGGCAGGGAGGUCUGGACGGACCUCGCUCCCCUGGGGGGAAGUGGGGGCUCAGUGUCCCAAGGGAACAGACUUCCAUUCCUGACCGUGGGGAGGCGGGGUGGGGGGGAGCCUCUUUCCCCACCGGAGGGUGUGCCCGUGAGGCCGGACUGCCCGGGGGUCUCUUCCCCAGCUGCCUUCGCAGCUCCCAGCCCUGCCCGGGAGGAGGGGCCUUGGGCAUGGCUGGAGGAGGUCGUCCAUGAUCCUCAGAGCCUAAGUAGUCUGUCCCCGCAGCUGCUGUUGGCCCAGUGAGGAGCCUUCACCAACGAAAACUUUAUCCUAGUUCUUGUGUGACUGUGGACCCUUCCUCUCAAAAGGCUGGAAAGGACGACCCGGCCCACAGCCGCCUCCCCCUGACCCGCCUGCUCUCUGCUCUGAGCAGAUCUUUGUGUCCGAAGUGCCUUACUUGUGUGGUCCUCUGGCCCCGGGCCUGGUCAAGUCACAUGUAAAGGGAACACAGAUUGUGACAGUUUUGCCUCAUUCGUCACCAUACCCCCUCCCCCUUCCCCGCGUCAGGGUCUGUGGUCGUUUCUAGUUUCUCCCUUGUGACCGGGUGGCAGCAGCAGGGGCCUGGAGGCCCCUACCUGCUGGCAUGUGCCUGUGAGGGAAGCUCGGGGCUUCCAGGGACACUAGCCCCCAAGCCCAGGCCUCUGGCCCCAUGCGGGAGCCCUGCUCUUCCCCCAACAUUUGAAGAAAAGGUACCCUUGCUGUAGCCUCCUUUGAUCUCUGUUGCUCCCCACUCAGCCCUACGUUUACGCGAUCGAGUUUGCCCUUCGCCAUCACAGGUGCCCGUGUGACGUGGGUCCGGGUGGGCUGUGGCGGAGUGUGUCCCCCGCCCUUCCAUGCAGUGUUACCUUGUGUGAGCAGCAGCUCCCCCUGCCUGCCGGCCUUGUCCUGGCUCCUCCGGGUUGUGCAAUAACUCCCAGCCGGUGGUCUUUCCCUCGGCCCUCUGUCCCUCCCUGCCUGGCACUGGGGGGGGGGGUCGUCCCCACAGAAGAAACCCUAGCCGCCCCUCCCCUGUUGCUGUCAUUCUCGUGACCCUGGUGGGCGUCUGGCAGUCUCAUGGAACCUUGUAGCAUCAUCUUAGACAUCCUUUUUUCUUUUAAGUCUGUUGAGGAGGAGAGAAACCACCCUCAGGCCGGGGCACUAACAGGCCCGCGUCUGGGAGUGAGGGGUGUGGGGACCCGCGCGGCGUCACCAGCCUCCUGCUGAAAGCGUCCUCGAGUUUCUUGUCCGUGUGGAGCGUUUCCCGGGACUCGGUCCCACGUGGGCAGCCUGUGCACCUGGCGGGAUCUGGCUGGCUGCACGUGCCGCCGUUUCCGGGGGUCCAGUCAGGUGUCUGUGGGGUGAGGCUCUGCACCUCGUUUUUCAGUCCCUCGUGUGUAAGAACCUCUGAAGGCCGGGCAGCGGCUGUUGGCGCCCUGAGCACCUCCUGGCGCAAACGUGGGCUGAGUGUCUGCUUUUCUUCGCUAGCCUGUUCAUGUUGUGGACCAAAUUUCACCGAGGAACUCAAGGAAACCUUGUACCUGCGUAUUUAUGCUUUCAUGUAAAAGGGUCUUGUUUUCUGGCUGUUUUUGCCCGGGGGGGUGGGGAUCUUUUUACUUUCAGUGAACCGUUUUUGCAAAUCCUUUUCCCACUGUUCCUGUCUGGUUUUAAAACAAAUUACAGUUUUGUAUGGAUUUUUUUUAAAAUGUACAUUUUGAAACAAAUGAUCAACAAAUAUUUUUGAAAUACCUGAAUAAAAGGCAUAGAAUUCUUAGUC